AUGGCCGGAGCCCGCGCGGCGCUCAUCGUCCUGGCGGCGGCCGUCGUCGCGCUCCAGCUGGCGUCGCCCGCCACCGGCAACGCGGCGGUGGCGGAGGUGUGCAAGAACACGCCGUUCCCGGACCUGUGCACGGGGUCGACGACGAAGCACGCGGAGAAGUACGAGACGGUGGACCCGCUGACGGUCCUGGGGAUGCAGGUGGACGCGUUCAAGAAGCGGGUCCGGGCGGCGAGCCGGCGCGCGAAGAAGGAGGCCAAGAAGGCCGCCUCCCCGGAGCAGAAGAGGGCGCUGAACCUGUGCAAGACCUUCUACCUGGACGCCGGCGACAACCUCGGCGCCUGCAAGCGCGCCAUCGUCUUCAAGGACGGCGUCACCAUCCGCGCCACCAUGAGCAUGGCGGCGCAGGACAUGCAGAACUGCGACGAGGAGUUCAGGAAGGCCGCCGCCAAGAACCCCGUCUGCGACCUCAACAGGUCGCUCGUCGAGAUGGCCGAGAACUGCCGCGUGCUCUCCAAUAUGAUCCCCACUACUAGCUGAAGCGCGCUCGCUUGAUUCUUUUUCUUCUUUAUUUAUCCUUUUUUUCCCCUCUUGGACCCGAUCGAUGUCAGUCGUCGUCGAGCUGGACGUACGCAUGCCCCUGCCCAGUCCGUGCGGCCGGGGCGCGUGUCCUUCUUUUUCCCGUUGCCUCGUGCGCGCCAUGGCUUGAGAUCGAUCGACCGUGGGCAUGGCACGGCUCGUCGAGAGGCGUGGCGCGCAUGAAGGGCGCCCUAACCGGCUAAUUAUUUUUUGCUUCUUUAAACCAGUCAUCAA